GAAGCCGUCGCGAUGGAAGGUGGCGCUCCCGCUCCCGCGCGUAUGACUACGGUGUCGCGGCACUACUUCGGCGGCGGCGCGUCCGAGCGCGAUCACGACCUCCGCGUCGACAUCAUCGAGAAUAUUGAAGAGGACUACGGCAUGUUUGUCUGGCCAUGCAGUGUCAUUCUGGCAGAGUACGUGUGGCAACAGAGGGCACGAUUCUCUGGUUGCAAAGUUGUUGAGCUUGGCGCUGGAACCUCACUACCGGGAUUAGUAGCGGCAAAGGUUGGAGCAGAUGUGACUCUGACAGACAUUGCGCAUAAUACAGAAGUGCUGAACAACAUCAGAAGAAUAUGCGCUCUCAAUAAUGCCAGCUGCACGGUUUCAGGACUUACCUGGGGAGACUGGGACGAACCAAUAUUUGAUUUUCAUUCUGACAUUAUUCUGGGAGCUGAUGUACUUUACGAUUCAGCAACUUUUGACAAUCUCUUCGCAACGGUUACUUUCCUUCUGGAAAAUUCUCCUGGGUCAGUGUUCAUAACCACGUACCACAACCGCAGUGGUCAUCAUUUGAUUGAGUUUUUGAUGGUCAAGUGGGGUUUGAAAUGUUUGAAACUGCUGGAUGGUUUCUCCUUCCUUCCGUCAUGCAAGGCUGCUUCACUACAGGGGAACAUUCAGCUUGUUGAAAUUGUGCUUGACAAGGAAAAACAUAAAUGACACUCAGAUGAGCUAACUAUAUCUCAAUGAUCAGAGAUUCUGCAACUCAGAUUCAGAAUGUCUUAUGUUUCAUAGGCUACAAAUUUACAGGAGCUGACUGACAGCAGAGAAACACGACUGACAUUUUUCAGUCCUCUGCAUACUAAUAUGUAGUUCUUGGAGCGACACCGCGCCAAGCCAAUCGAAAGAAGAUUUUAAUAAAAGAAUAACUUCUGCAAAGCUAUGCACUGUGAAUUAUGAAUAGUUUGUUAUGUUCAAACUUGUGCCUAAGUAAAUUUGCAGGUGUUGACUGUUGACUGACAACACCAUGUAGAGCCAUCCAUACGAACUUGAAAACGUGCGGUAGUGUGUGGUCCAAUAUUUUGUCUACUAUUUGCCUCUUUGGUCCCAACUAUUACUACGCACAGAUGUACCGUUUGU